UCUUCUUCUGCCUCUCUUCCCUCUUCUCUGUCCCUUUCCACUCCUUUGCUCUCCAUCGUUUCGCUGUUGCAGAAGAGCCUGGCUACACCAUGGAGAAAAUCACCGACAAGAUCGCGGCUUUGCCGCCUGAUGCGAAUUACUUCUCACUGGAGUUCUUCCCUCCCAAGACCAAGAUGGGUUUCGCCAACCUUCAAGCGCGUUUGGAGCGCAUGGCACAGGCUCUUCGUCCCUUGUUCGUGACCGUCACCUGGGGUGCUGGAGGCAGUACCGCGCAGAGAUCCCUGGAGCUGGCGGAGAUCUGCCAGCGCCAACUGCAGUUGACCACAUGUUUACACUUGACUUGCACGAACAUGAGCCGGGCCUUGGUCGACGAGGCGCUUGAGGAAGCCAAGGUGCUGGGCAUCAGGAACAUCCUCGCCCUCCGUGGCGACCCACCCCGCAGUGAAGAAUACAACAUGCAUGGCGAGGACGACAGCAACAAGGACUUCACCUUUGCGGUGGACUUGGUGCGCUACAUCCGACAGCAGCACGGUGACUACUUCUGUAUCGGUGUGGCCGCUUACCCCGAGGGUCACCCAGCCGAUAACUUCCAGGACGGUCAAGACCCCGUUAGGGACGUGCCGUACCUAGUUGAGAAGACUCAGGCGGGCGCAGACUUCAUCAUGACUCAGUUGACCUACGACAUCGAUGCCUACACCAAGUUCGAGAACAUGCUACGAAACCACGAAUCCGGAGCCUUCAAGACCAUCCCUAUCAUUCCCGGCUUGAUGCCACUCCACAGCUACAAGAUCCUUACGCGCGUGACGAAGCUGAGCCAUGUCAAAGUCCCCCCACACAUCCUGUCCAGGCUGGAAGAGAUCAAGCACGACGACGAUGCAGUCAAGCGCGCUGGCGUGGACAUUCUCUGUGACCUGGUAGACGGGAUGCGCAACAUUCCCACCCCAGGGCUGCGCGGGUUCCACUUCUACACACUGAACCUGGAGAAGACCGUGUCUUUCCUCCUCGAGCGCUGCGAUCUCAUCGGUCCCUACACGGAAUAUGACGAGCCCAUCGAAGACUCAGCAGCAUACCUAGCCGCUCCGCUCGACACCCCGGCGCGCGCACUCGCCAGCCGUCGCUCAUCCAUCAGCUCGAUACCGCACAACCGUGUCAUUGUCGAUAAAAUUCAACCAUCCGAUGUAUCUUCCCGCGAAUCCGUUAGCCACGAAGCCUCGGCGCUGAGCGCGGGGCUGCCUGCCAUGCCCCCCGACCGCAGCACGACAUUGCAAAUCUCAGAGGGUCUCGGCGCGCUCGGGCGCGAAGCGACUUGGGACGACUUCCCCAACGGACGAUGGGGUGAUGCGCGCUCCCCCGCCUUCGGAGAAAUCGACGGCUACGGCCCAUCCCUCCACAUCCCCCCGUCCGUGGCCCACAAAGUCUGGGGCUAUCCCGUCACCCGCGACGACAUCAGCGCGCUCUUCCGCCGGCACGUCUCCGGCGACCUGUACAUCGUACCGUGGAGCGAAGGUGGUGCCGAAGAGGGCACGGGCGGUCUCAACGCCGAAACGGAGAUUAUCCGCCCCGAACUGCUGCAACUGAUCGACAAGCGCGGCUGGUGGACGUUAGCCUCGCAACCGGCCAUCAACGGGGUGCGCAGCGACGACUCGAUCUUCGGGUGGGGACCGCCAGGCGAGGGCUUCGUCUUCCAGAAGCCGUUCGUGGAGUUCUUCAGCCCCAGCAAGGACUACCACACGAUCCUGAAGCCGCUGCUCGAGCGUCACGGCCACGAUAAGCUGGCCUGGUUCGCGACCAACGUCAAGGGCGACUUCGAGACCUCGCUGCCGGGCGCCAACGCCGAGGACUCCGACCCGCUCGACAUCAACCCCGCCAACGUCAACGCCGUCACCUGGGGCGUCUUCCGCGGCAAGGAGAUCGUCACCCCGACCAUCAUCGAGGAGGUCAGCUUCCGCGCCUGGGGCGACGAGGCCUACCGCAUCUGGGACGAAUGGCGCCGCAUCUACCCCAAGAACUCCGCCACCGAGCGCUUCCUCGACGCCACCAAGAACGACGUCUGGCUCGUCUGCGUUGUCGGCCAGGAGUUCGGCGCCGGCACCGAGGUCGGCUCCAAGGAGGAAGAGGACGAGACGAAGUGGAUGUGGAGGGAGCUGGCCGGUUGCUGAUGAAUUCAAUUCCCAAUUUCUGCUGCAUAUAUGCCCCGCCCCGACUUUCUGAAUAAUUUAUUUUCUUUUGCUUCUCGGGCUCUAUAUCGAGAACGGGAACAUCAUACCUCCCAGCUAGAAUCGAAGAGAUAUCAUCGUUCAUAUUAGCCGUCGUGUUCAUUCACUGUUUCACUUCUCUUGGACGUUUGUACAACUCCUUCACUUCACAGCAUUCAACGAUUGCCCUUGCGGCUUAAUGCUACUACUAGGCUUUCACCCCAUUUAUCAUUCUCUCUCCUUUAUAACGAGCAUAGCUUGUUAUCUUAAUAGAAUGUCC